CAUUUCGUAGCACCAUUCCAAAAACUCAAACCCCACCAACCUCUCUCAUAUUUUUCUUCUUUGUGCUCUAUGCCAUGGAGCACUGGACCAGAGGACCGACCAUUGGCCGUGGCUCCACCGCCACUGUCUCCCUUGCCACCGCUGCCCUGUCCGGGGAACUAUUCGCUGUAAAGUCCACCGAGCUCUCCUGCUCAUCUUUCUUGCAGAAAGAACAAUGUUUUUUGUCCAACCUGAGUUGUCCAAAUAUAGUUAAGUACUUGGGCUGCAAUGUUAGCAUUGAAAACAAUAGGCCUAUGUACAAUCUUCUCAUGGAGUACGUGCCCGGUGGCACGCUUUUCGAUACAAUCCGAAGGCAUGGAGGACCGCUAGAGGAGCCCGCGAUUCAAUUAUACACGCAUCAGAUUGUGCAAGGAUUGGAGUAUCUUCGUGUGAAUGGAUUGGUACAUUGUGACAUUAAGAGCCACAACAUUUUGGUAGCUGAAGAGUGUGUCAAAAUUGCUGAUCUGGGUUGUGCUAAAUCGGUACAAGGAGUUGCAGGGGAUGAAGACUCUGCCACCUCAAGUACUAUAAUUUCAGGCACACCGGUGUUCAUGGCGCCAGAGGUUGCACGUGGAGAAGAGCAGGGGUUUGAAGCAGACAUAUGGGCUCUUGGAUGCACAAUCAUUGAAAUGGCCACUGGUGAUGGCCCUUGGCCGGAGCUUAAUGACCCAGUUUCAGCUCUUUAUCGGAUUGGAUUCUCCGGUGACUUGCCGGAGAUUCCAACCCGGCUUUCGAACAAGGGUAAGGAUUUCUUGAACAAGUGUUUGAGAAGAGACCCAAGAGAGAGGUGGACAGCUAAGCAACUUCUUGAACAUCCAUUUCUUGAAGAGUGCUGCUUGGGGUCUAAAACAGAACAAGUGAAGGAAUUCAACUUCACUACGAGGUCUCCUAUUAGCGUGUUGGAUCAAGGCCCUUGGGAUUCACUUGAAGCCUUUGAAAGUCCAAAGGAACAAUCUGUUGUUGAAGGUGUUUGUUUGAAUUCUCCACUGGAAAGGAUCAAGAGGUUGAUUGGAGGCACUUGUUCUGCAUUUUCAAAUGCACCCAAUUGGGAAUUUGAUGAAAAUUGGUCCACUGUUAGAAGCAAUGGCAUUGAGGAAAGCCAAAACUCAGGGACAAGCAACAAUGUCAUCUCAGUUGACGAACCUGUGGCUGCAACUUCACCAAAUGUGGCUUUAACUUAUCAUGAAGAGCUUGACAGUUCAUUGUGUGAUGAGGAUGAUGAGAGAAGUUUUUUUAUGGCAUUUAGUUUAACAGAAGAUUCUUUUGUACCAAACAAUCUUGAAAUUGAAUCAGAUAAUCAGAAUUUUCACUUUAUUCACUCCCAUUGUUGUCAUUCAGGUUUUAAUUUGGCAGGCCAAGUAGAACCAGUGAAGGUUAAGUUUCUGUCAUUUGUUUUCUAUUUUGUGUUUGUUUUUGUACCAAGGGCUGCAACUUUUGAAUUAAUUAAACAAGGUUAUAUGACAUAUCAAUCUCUCUAUCAGGUUCCAAAACUGUGGUUUUUUGUUUCUUUGCCAAAGUUAGGACCGAGGAGGGUUUUCUCACACACACAUUGUCAAUGUGUCAUAGGAGUUCGAACUUAAGGUCACUGAUUUACA